ACGCCUUGAAGAAGAAUUAGGCACUGCUGGAGGUGUGGACAACAUGACGACAGAGUCUUUGUCUCAUCAGAUGGGUUCUCUCCUUCUGAUUGAGAACCCUUGGGCUCAGAAGAGACAUGGAUCCUGAAAAGCAGAGAAACGAAUCAGAUUUUAGUUGCGGCAUUUCUCUAUGUUUAUUCCCUUUAUGCACAGGCUUCAACACACCAAAGAAGAGAAAAAUGUCAGGAAAACGCAUGUUUACGCACCAAAGGGAAAUUGAUGUGACGCUUCGAGGACGACUGAAUAUUCCAUUCAAUCAGUUCUGGUCUUUGGGAUACCUCUGUCGAUGAAUAUAAUAACUCACCCCAAAUUUCGCGCUCGCUCCCCUUGUCUCCUUCAAAUCCCCCGUCCCGACCGUUCAGCGCCGGAUGAAUCAUUCCUCCAAUAUCCCCGACGACGACUACCCAUCUGCGCGGGAUGACUUAGACGACCCGAGGUCUCGCACACGACACUUUGCUGGCACAGUCGCAGUCCCCUCUCUCCCCGGUGCCAUGGAACACUUAUCGCGCCGCCAGUCAGCGCCUAACCCAGGAGAUUCCCCCCUCCAGCCUUCGUUCCCCUCUCCAACUCAUCAAUAUGGCCCCAGAAUUGGACAGGUUGCUGCUCAACCACACCUCCACGGCUACGUGGACAGCCAGACACGAUCACAUUCAUACCAUAGCAGUAACAGCCAGUGGACUUCGACAGGAGGGGGACAGCCUAAUCAGGCAUCACUACCACAGCCUCCAUACACAACUUCCGACGCUCACACAUCAACGAUGCCAUACCCGUCCCAUUCGCACCUGCACGACUAUGCUUCUGACGUUUCGAACCAGCGAAGCAGCCACUUCUAUGAACCCUCACAUCCCAAUACCCGGGUUGACAUUCCGCCUUACCAUUACCAAUCACCAACCUCGGGGGUCAUGUCUCAUGAUCAUUUAGGGAUGCGCCCCUCAUCAUUUGCUUAUUCUGGACCCGUAGGCGUUAGAUCGUCGCAGGCAUGUGUAGCCUGCCGUAAACGAAAGGUACGUCCAGGCCUCCGUGUGUUUCCGUGGGGUGUCGAAUGAUUGAGCUGUUUCAUGCCUAGGUUCGGUGCACCGUGAUUCAAUCGGACA